AACUCCAAUCAACGCCCCCCCUGCCCUAAACCCCCAAAUCCCAAACCAAUUGAUUUGCACUGAAAAUCUGCAACACCACGCUCCGGCCACCGCCAUUUUCUCAAAACCCUUAAAUGAUUCUGCUCGAAACCCUCCGUCGCCGCCAUCUCCGCGCCGCCCUUCCCUCGAUUUCAUACGAUUCCUCCGAUUUUUUAUUUUUUUCUUCAAUUUCACGGAGACACUUCUCUCUCGCGGCUCUAUUCGCGAAUAUCCCCGACGAAAAACCGACCCAGCAGCGCAGCGAGCCGUUGAGUGCUUUCUACAAAGGAGCCGUUGGGAUCAACGAAAGGAUCGAGGACACUGGUAUCGAGGCAGAAAUUAACGGCGGGAAAAAUGCAAUUUUGAAGGAGAAAUUGAAAAAAUUGGAGGAGCAAGUAAGGGUUUUGAAAAAAAAUAGGGGUGAAACUGAAAAGGGAAAAUCGUUGAAGCCACUCUCUGAGAAAAGAGACUCAGUUGUAGGAAAGGAGCCGAGUGGAGUUUUGGUGGCGUUGUUUACUGAUAAGAAGACGAAGAAACCGAAACCGUUGAAGCCGAUUGAUUUCGGGAACGAGGAUCCGAUGGUUCACAAAGAGCUCUCUUCUGAUAUGCGAGUGCUCGCCUGCCAUUUGUAUAAGAACAAGUAUUUGCUGGAUGCGAGUUUCAUGCCCAAAGGCAAACUUGAUCUGACUUGCUUCGAGACGAGUUUCGCCCGUGAUUUUUUGAAGUUUGCAGCUGUCAAAUUUGGGAAAGAUCAUCAGGAGAUUGCCAAAUGGUUAUCGGCUAGUGAUCUGAAAAAUGUAGCCCUUUUUGGGUGUCCGUCUCUUGGUCAGAAGACUGUGCGGGCAGCUAAGCAUAUGCGCGAAUUCUUUGGAAUUGAGGAAAAUAAGGUUUGCCAAAAGUGCCCUCUGAGAAGUUCUUGCAAACAUGCAAAUGCGAAAAGUAAGAAAGAUUCGACCAAUUUAAACUUGGCUUGUGUGACGAGGGUUCUCGUCAUGUAUGCUAUGGAAUCCGUUCCUCAACAGCUGGUAGUGCCUGAAGAAGUCAACACUUCCGUUAGUCGAUUAUUGAAUGAGAUUGUAAAUCUUAGCCAAACUGUACCCUUGCUUUGUCGAUUAUAACAUAUCCAUCAGGGGUCAAUCCAAGCUAGGGUUGUAAAUGAACUGAGUUGAGCCGAACCGAACGCAUAUAUGAAUUUUAUAGAGCGUUUUAGAAGUUAAGUUUGGGAUUGGUUUUACAUUUUGUAUGUAAUUUACGAACGAGUUUCGUAGCAUAUUGGACGAAGAUAUGUGUUAAAAACUUUGGUUUGUUAUGGUAAUGAUCCGAGCUCAACCGAACCUUUAAUGAUCGAUCUCGAAUCGAGUAGUUUAAUGGAUUCAUUUACAUAUUUGUUUGUUGGGAUGGAAUGAAAAAGCCCCUUGCUUGACCAGUUCAAUGCCCUGGAC